AUGACGAUCGGAUUGGGUACGAUGUACUCGGCAAACUCCAUCACCUCGCGCUCGUACGUGGCCAAGAAGAACACCGACCAUAACACCCGCCUCGUCCAGUACAAAAAGGAAAAACUAGGUCUCCGCACAGUACCGCGGCGCACCGGUAGCAUCAAUCACAACGACAAUUACAAAAUUAAUGUAGCAGUUGUGUGUAAUGCCAAUAGAAAUAAAAAUCACCCGGUCAAACCAUUCGGAAUUCUGAAUGGGGUCAGUUUGGAUUCUUCAAAUGCAACAACCGAUUCCGAAUUCAUACUGACUCCACUCAGAAUUCCGAACCGGUUCUGGAAUGGGUUUAACUGGGCAGCAGCUGGCAUCAAAAUCAAGCAACAGUACGGUGUUCAACAGAAACAAAUAUAUGAUCACCUACAAAAACCGAACCUCACAAAUAGUAUCACUGAAGAUGCUGCAAUCGUCGCAGCCAAUAGCUCAUCAAUCUCAACUUGUUCAAAUAAAACUGCCGAUAACGUCAACAGAGCCGCUGCAAUCGCACUCUACAAAGCCAACAUCGCACUCAUCAGCAACAGCUGCACCCAUCGAUCAAUAUUGACUUCAGCAUAUAUUACGACUUGGUUCAAAAUCGCACCAACUACCGGUAACGUCGCUAAAAGCGGGAACAUCAGCGGCCGCGUAAUAUCGGAGAACACCGUUAGCUUCAAACAAGUGCCUUCAACGCAAACUGUCAGUAUGACCAUCUCCAUCACUCCCUGUUGACCAGAAGAACCCAAAUGAUGAUAUGAUACCCAACAUGAAUUCGGUUUUCAGUUUAUUAUGUACAUAAUUAUUUGUCGUUAUUAUUGAAUUUAUCUGCACUUCUGAUUACAAGGAAUGCCAUGUUUAUUUUUCGUCUGUAAUAUCCGCUAGAAACGCAAAACUUUGAAAACGCACUAAUUUCACGUGUACAGAAAUGCAUCCUUGGUGGAGAGUUUGCUUCAACGUUCAACAAGAUUUUUUCCUUAGAGAUAACAUGCGAAUACAAACGAUAGUGAAGAUAUAACAGUAUAUGAAUUCUUUAGAUGAGAAUAUUUCGUUUUGCCUUUCUCAAUAGAAAGGUAUUGCAAUUGCUCUGAAAACCGACUUCUUAACGGAGGCCCGGAGGGCCGAGUGACAUAUACCAUUCGAUUCAGUUCGUCGAGUUCGGCAAAUGUCUGUGUGUGUGUAUGUAUGUGUGUAUGUAUGUAUGUGUGUGUGUAUGUGUGUGUGUAUGUGACCAAAAAUGUCACUCAUUUUUCUCAGAGAUGGCUGAACCGAUUUUGACAAACUUAGUCUCAAAUGAAAGGUGCAACGUUCCCAUAG